AAUAAAUACCACCACCUCAUUUUUUUUACAUUGUCCUCUAAAUAACAACAAAAAAACAACAAUCAAUCGAUUGCCUGUUUUUGAUAUUUGUUCUCGUUUCCAUCGUAAUGUUUCACUUUUAUACGUAUGAAUUUCAAAGCCAAAGAUUUUUUUUUUUUUAAAUAUUGAAACAAAGCAAAGUAAUUUUUAUUUAACCAACAUUCCAUUCAUAUUUUAAUAUAUUGUUGGAACAAUGUAUAUCGACCUUUAUAAUGAUGAUGAUGAUGAUAAUAAUACUAAUCGUACAACUUCGAACAAUGUUCAACAGCUUGUAAAUAAUAAUAAUGAAAACAAUCAUAUGAAUGAUUCGAAUUUAUUAAUACAACCAUUAUCAUCAUCAUCAUCAACAACAACAACAACGCCAGCAGCUAAUAAUGAAGAUUCGUUAUUGCAUAAUCAUAAUGAUUCAUCAUCAACAUCAGCUACUAUUCAAAACAAUCAAAAUUUAAAUUCCUGCUGUAUGGUUGAACGUUUAAUUUCCAUACCCAAUGAUGAUGAUGAUGAUGAUGAUGAUCGAACUAAUAAUGAUGAUGAUGAUGUUAUUGUUCAAAAUUGUAAUCAUCACCAUACGGAUAAUAAUGAAUCAUUGAUAAUACCAAAUGGUGAUUGUAUAAUUGGUAAUGGAUGUAUAACAACGAUACAAUGUUCAGCAGCGACAACAACAACUACAAUAUUACCUGAUGUUGCAUGUGUUUCAACAUCAACAUCAUCAUCCAUUGUUGGACAACAACAAUCGAAUCUUCAACAACAUAAUAUUUCAAUGAUUCAUUCAACAUCUUAUGGUUCAAAUCAGGAUAAUGAAAAUCAACCAUUAUUACGACGUUUUGAUAAUGAUAGUUUACAAGUGAUUAAUAAUUUUUUUCCUGAUGAUCAAGAAUUUAAUCAAAUUACACGUGAAGUUGAACAAUCAAUAGAAAAUGGUUUCCUACCAAAACGAAUUUCUCAAGGAUCUAGUGGCAGUUAUUUCGUUAAAAAUCGUGAUGGAACGAAAAUUGUUGGCGUUUUUAAACCGAAAGAUGAAGAACCAUAUGGUCGAUUAAAUCCUAAAUGGACUAAAUGGAUGCAUAAACUUUGUUGUCCUUGUUGUUUUGGUCGUUCAUGUCUAGUACCUAAUCAAGGCUAUCUAUCUGAAGCUGGUGCCUGGAUUGUUGAUCGUAAAUUGCAGCUCAAUAUUGUUCCAAAAACAAGGAUUGUAAAAUUGGCCAGUGAAACAUUCAAUUAUUCGGCAAUUGAUCGGGCUAAAUCACGAACGAAAAAAAAUGUAACAGAAAGAUUUCCCAAAGUUGGACGACAUUUUAAUCGGAUUGGUUUGCCACCAAAAGUCGGAUCAUUACAAAAAUAUGUGGAAAAUUAUGAAGAUGCUUGUAUCUGGAUAAGAAAAGCUGAAACACUUUCUGAUGAAAAUGUAUUGGAUAGUUUUCAACUUGAAUUUGAAAAAUUGGUUGUUUUAGAUUAUAUCAUACGAAACACUGAUCGUGGAAAUGAUAAUUGGCUUGUGAAACAAGAGUUUGAUGAUGAUGGUCGAUUAGUUUUUAUUAAAAUUGCAGCCAUCGAUAAUGGUUUAGCAUUUCCAUUCAAACAUCCUGAUGAAUGGAGAGCAUAUCCAUAUUAUUGGGCAUGGUUAUCGUUUGCUAAGAAACCAUUUUCAGAAGAAAUUUGUCGAUUAAUUUUGACACAAUUAUCCGAUAUGAAUUUUGUACAGGAAUUAUGUGAUGAAUUAUGGAAUCUAUUUUCUACUGAUAAAGGAUUUGAUCGAAAUAUUUAUGAAAAACAAAUGUCCGUCAUGCGUGGACAGAUUCUAAAUCUAACUCAAGCAUUAAAAGAUCGAAAAACACCACAACAAUUGAUAAAUAUGCCGGCGAUAAUCAUGGAAAAAAGUCGUAUAGCCGUUAAAGGACGUUUCCGUACGAUGAAAGAUAAUUUUACACAAACUUUUCAACGAAAACACCAUUCUUUUCAUCGUUUUAAAAUAUUUUUUUUUAUAGAGCUGUCUUUAUAUAUAAAUUUAUGGAUGUCUGAAUGUUUGAAUUUGAGCAAAACAAAAAAAAAAAAAAUCAUUUGUAAAACCAAUGACUGUGAUUUUUAAUCGAAAAAAUUUAAUAAAAAUUUUAGGCAUUGUUAUUGUUCAAUUCGUUGGUUGAAUCUGUUGUUUUGUCUGUCGAAUGUAUUGUAGAAUU